AUGUCAGUUUCGUUCGACUUCACCGGGAAACGGGUAUUAGUUACGGGCGCCAGCCAAGGUUUGCACAAGAAAUCCUAAUUUGACAUUUGAAAACUCUUUAUGGAUCUCAAAAAAAUUUUGGAAUCUAACAAAACGCGCAGAUUUUCUUGUGAAAAAUUUUUCGAGGAAAAAAACUAACUUCAUGUCUCCGGUCUCAGAAUCCAUUUUGCACUCCAGGUAUCGGCCGAGCCAUUUCUUUACAGUUGGCUAAAGAUGGAGCGACUGUGUUUGCAAUGGCUCGAAAUGAAGAAGCUCUAGACGAAUUGGUCGAGCAGAGCAGAAAUGAAAAAGUUAGUCCCGAUUUCUGAAAGUUGAUGUUUGAGAUUCAAAAAAGAUAUUACCAACACGAAAACAUGCAUUAGCUUGAAAUUGACAAACCAAUUGUUAAGCUUUCUUGCGUUUUUUCGACACAAAGAAAAGAAAAACUUUUUCGAACAAAAAGCACAAUAUUUAAGUACUUUUUAGAAAAAAAAACGAAACUGAGUUGAAGUGAGGAUUGUGUAAGAAAUGAGUCGAAGGAGAAAAGGAUAAUAAAAUCUAGACACAAAGUAUUACAAGUUUACUAUUGAAAAAACUCUGAAACUGAAAAAAAAACUGAAAGGGAAGAAAGUAGCCGGAGGACAAUUUGAAAAACGGAAAUAAAUCAUGAGCCGGGAGCUGAUGCAGAAUAAAUGGUUCUAAAGCGAAGCGCUGGGUUUCGAGGCUUUUGAGAGGAUAUAAAUUUUGAUGAGGUCGAUUUUUCAAUUUUUUUUUUCUACUUUGCAAUUGUUUUGUGUAAAAGUUGUCUCGCUACCUCUAUAAAUCACUUUUAUAGAAAAAUAAGGAAGUUUUAAUCAAAAUUAUGCUCAGAAAAAAACGUAUUAGCCAGUAAUUUAAAAAAAUUCUUUUUUUCUGAAAUAGUAAUAAACUUGAAAUUUUUUUCUUUUGUCUUUGCACUGGUGGUUCGUUUUUAAUUCAGGAAAUACUUAAAAAGAAAAGUGAUUAGAGAUAGAAAUUAGGUCUAUUUUUUUCUUCGCACUAUUUCUAAUGAAACGAUUUCUCGGGGUUUUUUUUAUUAGCAUAAAACUACUAUUUUCUCUAAUUUCAGGGUACUACAAUAACUAAAGUAGUUGGCGAUGUGACAGCCUCAGAAGAGGAGCUGGCGAAAAUUUUGGAGCCUCACCAGCCAUUCGACGGACUCGUCAACAAUGCCGGCGUUGCUCAUCUUCAAACCGUCGGUUGCAUUACCGAAGAAGCCGUUGCAAAGUAAGAAAAAGCUUUCAUUUGAAAAAAAAAAUUGUUAAGAGAGUAAGAUUGAGUCGAUUUUUCGGAGUCCUAUUAUAUUUUCCUAAACUUCAUGUCUUUUUAAUGGCCUUCCAAACUUUCCUCGCUUAUUCAUGGCGCUUUUUGCAGCACAUUCAACGUGAAUCUUCGCUCUGCGCUUUUCAUCGCUCAAUUAGUUUCUCGUGAGAUGAUCAAGCACAAAAAGCAAGGAAGCAUCGUCAACAUUUCUUCACAGGCCGCCAUUCGCCCAUUUUUCAAUCACACAGCCUACUGUAACUAGAAAAGCUUGCAAACUGAUUAAUUUGCGGAUUCCUAGGCGCAUCCAAAGCCAGUCUGGAUAUGGUAACGAGGUGUUUGGCCGCUGAACUUGGCCACAGUGGGAUCCGCGUGAAUAGCGUCAACCCGACUGUCGUCAUGACCGAAAUGGGCAAAGCGGUAUCUCAUUUCGUGUUAUUCAAAGCUAUCAUAAAUUAUUUAAAGUUUUGAGAAACAGUUUCACUAUUAAAAAUUUGAUAAAUAAAGUUAAAUAAUUCAUUCUUCAACGAGCUUUCCUUUGGGAUUUUUUUACACACAGAUUCAGUAAUAAUAGCUUGAAUCAAAAAGUUUUCAAACUAUGAUUUUCGUGACAUUUUUAUUCAGGUCGAAAUUUCGAUUUUAAACUAGCAUGUAGUUCUUUUAUUAUCGUUGAUUUUAACAUUUUUCAAAAGAAAGCUAUUAGAUUGCUCCAGUUUUGCUUGCUAAGAGCCUUAAAAGCUCUAGCAAACUGAUUCCAUAAGUCGCCGACUAAAUUUUUUUUUUCAAGUAUUCAGGCGGAACCAGUCUAUAAGAGUCGUUGUUUUCCUCAGUGAGACUUUUUGAGAGCUGAUAAAGCCUUCUUUCGAACCUAAAUUAAAUAUUCCUAUUUUAGAACUGGAGUGAUCCUCACAAAGCCAGUCAACUACUCGACAGAAUGCCGAUCAAAAGAUUCGCAGGUGAGAAUACAAUUUUGAAAAUUAACCAAAAUUUUAUUUCAAGAACCGGAAGACGUCGUUUCGGCUACGCUUUUCCUGCUUUCCAACGCUUCAGCCAUGACCACAGGUGCCGCUUUUCCAGUGGAUGGAGGUUACAUAAACAAUUGA